GAAAGAAGGUGAUUCCAAUGUCCUAAGGCAACCUAAUGUUACUCCAAAGGUUUUUGAAAUCAUUCUAAAUGGAACUAUUACAUUGAAUGAUAGGGAUAUAAUGGAAGUAUUAGAAAUAUUAGCUGCUGCUGAUGAAUUAUUACUCACAGAUCUAUUGGAUUUCAUUCAAGAUCAUUUAAUAGAAACAAAAUCGGAAUGGUUACAAUCUUAUAUCUUAAAAGUCUACCAGGCAACAUUAUCACAUGAUUCUUUUUGGCAAUUUAGAGCAAUUUUACCUCCUGAAUUAGAAGAUGAUAUUGUUAGAUGUCAUUUGAAACCUGGUAGUAAACCUACUUUCGGUACAAAUUCUCCAAGGGGUAAUUCGGUUUUAAUAGCUCAUCAACAAAUGUCAAAAAUUGCUGAUUGGAUUGAUAAGAAUGAUACUACUUCUACUUAUAUCGGUG